GAAACAGAGAGAGAGCAAGUGAAUGGGAGAGAGAGUGUGUGAGUGAGAGCACAAGAGAAAGGUGGAACGCCUAUGCUCUGGUCAGUGUAAGAUCUUACCAGACUGAACAUUUAGUCCAUUCAGAUCAUUUCUAAGACAACGCAUAUGGUUCUAGUUUGACCUUGGGGUCCGAGUAGAGAUCACAGAGAAGAAACUUCCUUGUUGGGAGAGUUGGUUUACAGGUGUGUUUGGAAUGAAGAUGUCAAUGGUGAAACAGGCAGCAAUGGCUGCGGUGGUGGUAGUGAUGGGAAGCCUGGCCGUCAUCGCUCUAAUCCUCACAUUAGUUCAGCACCACUCAGUGGAUCUCCCCCCUCGCAUGCAGUACGGGAUGGUGUUUGACGCUGGAUCCACACACACUUCUCUCUACAUGUACCGUUGGCCUGGAAACAAAGAAAACAACACUGGGGUGGUGUCACAGAUGCUGGUCUGUGAUGUUGAUGGAUAUGGCAUCUCUAGCUAUGCCCGGGACCCCCCUGCUGCAGGGCUCAGUCUGAGGAAGUGCCUGGACAGUACACUGGCAGUCAUCCCUGCCAACCAGCUGAGGGAAACUCCUGUGUACCUUGGUGCUACCGCUGGCAUGCGACUCUUGCACCUACAGAAUCAGACCCAGUCUGAUCAGGUUUUGGAGCAAGUAACCAAGGUGAUCCAGGGGUAUCCUUUUGACUUUCGGGGAGCACGGAUUCUCUCUGGGAUGGAGGAAGGGGCUUACGGAUGGAUCACCACCAACUAUCUACAAGAGGGCUUCAUUAAGCACGGCUUUGAGGGAGGAUGGGUGCGUCCUAAAGGAAGGAAGAUCUGGGGCGCCCUGGAUAUGGGAGGCUCUUCCACCCAGAUAGCCUUUACUCCCAGCCAGCCUGUACGGGACCCUGCCUCCACCCUGGGACCCAAGCUCUAUGGUUACCAAUAUGAGGUGUACACACACAGCUACCUGUGCUAUGGCAAGGAGCAGACCAUGAGGCAGCUACAGGUUCAUCUUCUCAAGAUGAGUGGGUCUACCCGCCCAGUCAACCACCCCUGCUACCACCUGGGUGACAACCUAACCCUGACUCUGGGUGACCUCUAUGACUCCCCCUGCGUGGCCAAACCCGCGACCUUUGACCCAGCCUCAGUGGUCACCUUCACAGGGACCAGUGAGCCACUUCAGUGUCUCAACCAGAUAAAGAACAUCACGGACCUGGCUGCCUGCUCCCUGGCCCCUGACUGUGGCUUCAAUGGGGUCUACCAGCCCCCUGUCAGUGGAAACUUCUUUGCUUUCUCAGCAUACUAUUACACCUUUGACUUCCUUGGUCUGGCACCUCAGUCCUCUCUGUCUCAGGCUACCACCACUAUAGACACUUUCUGCAAAAGGACCUGGAGCUCGCUCAAGAAAGAGUACACUGUAAAAGACAAGUACCUUCGUGAUUACUGUGCCUCAGCCAACUACAUAAUGACAGUGCUACUAGACGGCUACAAGUUCAACCAGACCUGGGGAAACAUAUACUUCCAGAGACAGGUGGCAGACACAGACAUUGGCUGGACGCUGGGCUACAUGUUGAACCUGACCAACCUGAUCCCCUCAGAACUCCCCCUGGUGGUGAUGGGUGUGCAGCACAGCCAGUGGGCAGCGGAGGUCUUCUUCAUUGUGUUUGCCGUGUUCCUCAGCCUGAUGGUACUGGUCCUACUGUGGCUCUGGAGCCCACAGGAUGGACAAGGCAACAAAUGACAAUCGAUGAACGUCUUGGUCUUCUAGUCACCGAUGAUGAGAUGCAAUGUGAUAAUGUGAUGCAACAGCAUGGAUGAAUAAGAUCAGAACGGAU